AAAAAAUGUAAUAGAGAAAUUUGCCACGGAAAUAAUCAGUCAUUUUAUUUCUUAAACACUAGGUAUUUUCUAAUUUAUGUGACUAGGCAGACUCUCCUUUCUGUGAGCUUAAUUUUGCUUUAGUAGAGCUCAAAAAAAUUCUGCCCUGCCGCUGGAAUUUUCACGAAAUAGAAAUUAAAGGUUUUAUUUGAUUUACGUCGUGUUUUGAAGGAAGCCAUCUUUGCAGUCGACAGAGAGGUCCUUGGUUGACCGUUCCAUUGUCUGGUGAAAAACCAGUAUUUAUUACAUAUACAGUACAUCAAAUGGCUUUAAAACGAAUUAAUAAGGAAUUACAAGAUCUUGGAAGAGAUCCUCCAGCACAAUGUUCAGCAGGACCUGUUGGCGAUGAUUUGUUUCAUUGGCAAGCCACAAUUAUGGGACCACCUGACAGUCCAUACCAGGGUGGCGUGUUUUUCUUAACGAUUCACUUUCCUACAGACUACCCAUUUAAGCCACCAAAAGUUGCAUUCACAACACGAAUCUACCAUCCAAAUAUAAAUAGUAACGGUAGUAUUUGCCUUGAUAUUUUAAGGUCUCAAUGGUCUCCAGCCUUAACUAUUUCAAAAGUACUGUUGUCAAUCUGUUCGCUUUUGUGUGAUCCAAACCCAGACGAUCCAUUAGUUCCAGAAAUUGCUAGGAUAUACAAAACAGACCGCGAAAAAUACAAUGAAUUAGCGCGCGAGUGGACUCGCAAAUAUGCUAUGUGAUGGCCAGGCCCCCAAAUCAGCACUACACCUAAUUAGAUGAUACAAAACAAAAAGCAAAACUUAUUUAAUUCUACAACACAGUUAUCAACAUCAAGGGGAUGGACCAGCCUUUCAACGUCAGUCUCUAUUUGCGAUCGCGGACUUGUGCCCUCAUCGUCCUUUCACCACAAUAAUUUCAACAAAAACAGUUUUCUUGUUAUUUUUAGUAGGCUUUUUCAAUAUAUUGUGAUUCUAAGCGAC